AUGCAUAUACGGCUAUCUUCUUUGCAUUCUAUCAAGACUUCUGAUUCAAAUAUGGGUUGGAAGUACUUAAUAUUUGUUCUCCAAGAUGGAGCUGUUUUGCCCGCUCUCCAUUUUCAUAAAGGUGGCAGUAAAGAAGUAUUACAGUUCUUAGAACGCUUUGUUUGGUUAUCGAUAUCUCCAAGUAAUCCCAACUGUUUACAAGUCAUUGAUAACCGUAAUGCCCUACAUCAUUCUUUAACUCAAUUACAAAUUUUUAAUGAAGCGCCUUCAAUGUCUGUAUGUACUAGAUUUUUGAAGGACGCUUACGUGGAAACAAUGGUUGGCUUCUCUCGUGUGACUAAAUUAAUGUGGGAUGCCUUUGGAUCUGCAAAUAUAAACGAAAUUGCUAAUAAUGAAAAAAAAAUUGAAAUUGAUUGUACUCCGGGGAUCGCCGUUAGUAGUUAUGAACCUGGAUUUGAAUUCGUUACCUGUAACAAAUUGGGGGAUGACCCCGCAGUCUCUCGCUUAGAACCCUUAACAGAUGUAGAAUUUACAUCAUUUUUUGACUCGCGAGGUUGUCUCGUUGAAAUUGAUAAGUUUUUGGAACGUGCUUUUCGCGGGGGUUUAGGCCAUGGUAUUAGACAAGAAGCUUGGAAGUAUUUACUAAAUUACUAUAGCUUUGACUUUAACAACGAAAUGAAACUUGAUCGAAAGCACCAAAAGACAGGUGAAUAUCACUCAAUUAAACAACAAUGGCAGUUAAUUACACCAACUCAGGAGAAGAAUUUUAAAGAAUUUCGUCUCCGUAAAAGUACCGUAGAAAAGGAUGUACUACGAACAGAUAGGACGCACGAGUUUUAUAAGGGUGAAGAUAAUCCCAAUGUGAAGAAAUUAUACAACAUACUAUUGACGUACAGUUUUUAUAACUUUGAUUUAGGAUAUGUUCAAGGAAUGAGUGAUUUAGUCUCUCCUAUAUUAUUUGUGAUGGAAAAUGAAGCGGACACAUUUUGGUGUUUUGUCGGCUUGAUGGAAAGAAUCGGUUCGAACUUUGAUAUCGAUCAGAAAGAAAUACAGAAACAACUGAGUCUACUUUACGGACUAAUAAGAUUCGUAGAUCCGGAAUUUUGUAACUACUUAGAUACUCACGAUUCCAAUAACCUCUACUUCUGUUUCCGUUGGCUUUUGGUCUUAUUUAAAAGAGAAUUCACGUUCCAAGAAACUAUGUUAUUGUGGGAGGUCUUGUGGAGUCAAAGAUUAUCACAGCAUUUUUUACUAUUUAUCUGCUUGGCCAUAAUUAUGAACCAGAAGCAAGUCAUUGUUUCUAAUAAUUACGGAUUUAACGAAAUCAUAAAACAUGUGAAUGAACUAGCUUUGAAACUAAACUUGGAAGACAUCCUUAAGAAAGCUGAGACAAUGUUUAUUCAAGUUAAGAGAUGCAAAACUAUGCCUAGCAAUAUUAAAGAACUCACUGAGACUCCUAAUUCCUUUGGCCCGUAA